CUUUAUCUUGAAGUUAUAAUUUAAAAUAUGAUUUAAGAUGGCAAAUCGGGACCACUGAGGAGAUGAACAAAAUGAGAGUGGCAUCAUGACUUCCCCGAUGUACACUUUUGUCACGCGUGACGACAACAGCACGAUUUAUGCAGAAGUUUCAAAGAUGCUCGUCGGGACCGGACAGUGGAAGAAACUAAAAAAAGACAACCCGAGGUUCAACCUCAUUCUGGGGGAACGGAACAGGCUGCCCUUUGGACGUCUGGGUCAUGAGCCAGGACUGGUGCAGCUGGUGAACUACUACAGAGGAGCGGACAAGCUGUGCAGAAAGGCAUCCUUGGUCAAGCUCAUCAAGACCAGCCCGGAGCUGUCUGACUCUCAGAGCUGGUUCCCAGAAUCCUUCAUCAUUUAUCCCACCAACCUCAAAACCCCUGUUGCUCCAGCCACUAAUGGCAUUAGCCAUCUGAAGAACAACCCCAAGACGGAUGAACGGGAAGUGUUUUUGGCCUCCUUUCAGUCUAAAAAAGAAAGUGAGGAAGGCACGGUGUGGAUCGCAAAGUCUUCUGCUGGAGCUAAAGGUGCUGGCAUUUUGAUAUCCCAUGAUGCUAAUCAGCUGCUGGAGCACAUUGAUAAUCAGGGACAGGUUCAUGUUAUUCAGAAGUACCUGGAGAAGCCUCUGCUCCUGGAGCCAGGACAUCGGAAGUUUGACAUAAGGAGCUGGGUGCUUGUGGACCAUCAGUACAACAUCUAUUUGUACCGGGAAGGUGUGCUGCGGACUUCCUCUGAGCCCUACAACAGCUCUGACCUCCAGGACAUGACCAGCCACCUGACCAAUCACUGCAUCCAGAAGGAGCACUCCCAGAAUUACGGCCGAUACGAGGAGGGGAACGAGAUGUUUUUUGAUGAGUUCCGGCUGUACAUGUUGAAAACACACAACGUCACCCUGGAGAGCAGCAUAUUACCUCAGAUCAAACAGAUCAUAAAGAACUGUCUGACAUGCAUUGAGCCGACAAUCAGCACCAAACACCUGUCCUACCAGAGCUUUCAGCUCUUUGGGUUUGACUUCAUGGUGGACCAGAACUUCAAAGUGUGGCUCAUUGAGAUCAACGGGGCUCCAGCGUGUGCACAGAAGCUGUAUCCAGAGUUGUGUCAAGGAAUCGUGGAUGUGGCCGUCUCCAGUGUCUUUCCUCUCCACAGCGGCUGUGACUCUUCAUCUGCUUCCUCUUCACUGUAUUCCUCCUCUCCGUCCUCCACGUUCAGCACCAACUCCUGCUCCUCUCCCAAACUGAGAGGUCCUCUCCACGUGGGUCCUUUCACUCGCCUAAGAUUAGGGACGCAGUAGGAGGGAAAAUGAAGGAAAUGAAGGAUAUGCAAGUGACUGAAAGUCCGACAGAAGUCAAAGAUGCACAGCAGGUUACACUGUAAAAUAUAUGUAGAUGAAUCCCUGUUACUAAACCAUGUACAGAGUCUGAGAUGUAGUCCAGAGCUCAGCUGGAAGAAGAAUUUAGAGAGAUGUAAAUGUUACAGAAUAGAUCAUUAUGUGAUGGUAGAACAGGCAAACAGGCUUUGAGUGUCUGCUGAUUACUCUAAGCAUCAGAAACAAACUAUCAGUAUUUGUUUAACUCAACUCGGAGGGAAAGUCUUUCCAUAAAAGGGAAGGUGCCUUAGAGGGAAUUGAAAACAGGAAGCCAUGAACCUCCAGCAUUUCACUGCACCUUUAACUGUUCGAGCUAAAGGGAAUAAAUGUCAUUCUCUGUUUCCCUCUUUGAACCGAUGUCAUUACCUUUUUCCAGACUUAUUUGCACACCUGACUUGGUUUCUCAUUUUGUCGAUGUUCCUUACCAAAGACCACAUCAUGCUGUAUUAUCAAUGUUAGAGUCGCUGUCUGAACAUUUUGCAUUCAGUGUAAAAGAAGAGUAACAUUCAGAGGGACGUCUGUGCCGUGUUUUUGUAGCUGAUGUUUUUCCAAUGUCUUGCAUGAACAUUUGUGUUUAUUAGGAACAGUAUGACUAGAAUAAAAAAAUAUCCCUAUCAACAACA